GUUAAAGAUAAAAAAUGCCAUUGUGUAAUGAUCAGGAUUUGAUGCUUGAUGGUCUGGUUGGAACCCAGCUCAGAUAAUCAUGUGAUUUACUAAAAUGUAUACCUUGAUCAUGCACGCUGCUUUAUGCAGGUGGACUUCUGAAUCUCUGCAGAGCCCCAUGUGGGUGUGAAAAUCUGCUUGUGUGGAGUAGCUUGUAGGAUCAGGUUUAAGUUACAGUUCUGUAAAUAUUUGUGAGGCUUACCUCACUCCCCCCCCCCAUUUUUUUUAAAGAAUCAGCAUCCCAUUUUAGACCUUGUUGCCAUGUGUUUUGACUGACAGGAGUCUGCUCAUGUCUCAGUGUGCUGUGCUGCUACUAGCACAGUUGAGCCUGUUUGCCACUCAAUACACUAUGCUGCCAGUGCUGAUAAAAGCACCACUGUGCAGGAGCACAAAUGACAUCAGCAGAUUGGGUGAUCUUUUUCUGUUUGGUGUAUACGUGAGACACUGAAACUUGGGAAAGGGAGGGAUAAGAUGAAGUUCUGGAACAAAAGGUUAAGGAAGGGGAGAGAUGGAAAUGUCACCAGUAAUUGUCCAUCCUUCAGCCUUGCUAUCUUGCCAUAAAAUCCAAGAUAGUGAGAAGUACCAAAGAGGGCAGGAAACUACAGUAUUCCUUUCACUUGUGACAUUGAAACUGUAGCUAAAAUGAAACUUCAAGAUUCAGAGGUUUGAUAGUGGGAAAUUUAGCUGGAGAUUACAGCACAUAGGCCUAUAUACAAAGUAAGUUAAAGACAAAGAAAUAAUAGCACCACUCUCCUUUUUCCAAAAUCUAAAAGAAAAUGCCACAGAUUUAAGAAGAGGUGGCAUCUGCCAUGCAUUCACAUUUUAGUUUUCUCUCUCAAUUAAGCAAGUAAUGUGUUGUUUCUUCUAGUCUUACUGCAACUAAAAUACUAACUAAAAUUAGACUACAGAUGCUUCUAACCAUGCCAGGGGUCCAGACUUGUUGUAUAGACAGGCCCAAAACAUAAGUUGCAGAGUUCUUCAGCUUGUUUUCUUGUUUGUUUAAUCAGAAAAGUUGUAGCUCUCUACCCUUCCUUACAGUAAAAUGACAGAUGACCACCCUUUCUUGUCUGCCUGUCACAGAAGCCUAGGACCAUUUCAAAACCCAUUUUUGUCUCAGCCAAAUCAGGACUAUUAUUGGCAUCUCUUCUCUGUCCAUACCUCACUUGCCAAAGAAUCCCUGUGUGAGGGGAGUGGAUAAGAUCCCCUGGUGCCACUAUGUUACUUGGCUACUCUAGAAGGAGCAGAGAACAGGAAUGGUAGGGGAGAGCUAAUUAAAGAGAAACAAAGAAGCCAGACAGGUGUCCUAAAAGUAGCUGCUAGCUAGUCUCUGCUGCCUGACUUCAUCCACCAACUAGGGAAAUGGAAAUGGGUAUGUUGAAGAUCCUUUUCCCCACUAUCGCUGGCCAAUCUUUGCUGGGCUCUUCACAUCCUGCAUUUAUCCCUCCUUCCCCAGUUUCAUGGGGAAUAUUCACAAAUGGGUUGGGAAAUAAACCCAGAGCUGCCAUCUUUAAAGUGCAAUUAUAACAGAGGCAUAAAAGCAAAAGAAGUAGCAAUGAGCAAAAAAGAACAGAAAAGCACGGAGGUAGUGCAUUCAGUUUCCCAGACAAUGGAACAAGCCACUUGUGGGAUAUUAUGCAUUCAGAAGCUGCAUACUGCAAAGUACUGUGCCAGAAACAUUAAGUCUUUGUUGGUAAAAUAUCAGCUGUUACGGGUUUUUCUAAGUAUUCUAGUGAUUACCACAGUUUUGUCACAAACAGGCAGAAAUCAUAUACGUGCCCAAUACUGCAGCAUUAAAGUCAAUAGCAAACCUGUUGAUCUGGUUCUGGAUCAAAACCUAAGUGCAAAUACAUCUUACUACUAAACAUCUUCUCUCAAAUAUUGUACUUAACACACUUGUCUGAUUGCUCAGCUUGUAACAUUUUCACUGAGCAGAGUGCUGGUCCUUAGUAAUUAUCCAUAUAGAUGUUCAAGUUUAAAACAAUCAGAUUUUUAUUUUCAAAGUUGUACAGUAUUUAAAAUCCAGGUAAAAAACAUAUCCAUAAGUAAGUAUAAAUGGAUAUAUAUAUAUUGAUUUCUGAUACCUAUUCUUAAUAGGUGUUAAAAUAUUAUACAGAUGUUCUUUUGAAGUAUUGAUGUAGAUCUUGGCAAUUAAAAUAUAAGAAAAUAUAAAUGUACAUAUUCAAAGUAUUGGAAGGGUCUCUAAAACUACUUAAUACACUGGUAGCAAAGUGAGGCGGAGGCAGUAAGGUACAUGGCAAAAAAAAACUGCAGGAGUAGGAUGGGAAUAAAAUAUUUAAAGGAUAUAGUAUGGAAGGAAACUUUAUGUCAUUCUGAUAAGAGUGAAGUUUGUAGUGAUGGAAUAUAGUAAAAUAUGUAUGUUACUAUUUAUCUGUUCUCUUGAGAAAUUUAAGCUUGGGAAAACUAUAAAGGAAAAAAGACAUUGGCACUUUCGUUAUCCUUCUUCCCAAUUACAGAAGGGCUUAUUGAUGUCAAUGACAAAACUCUCAAUCUUUCUGUGGUUGCAAGAUUAGAGCUUGAGUAUUUUUGGAACAAAAUAAAUAGGCCAGUUAAAACUAUGAUUGUGUCUGAAGUCUCAUUCGAGUCUUGCAUGGUAAUCAGCGGAUCAUGCUGAAGGAAGGGGAAAGUAACUAGUUCAUCGUUUUACUCGGGAGGUACAGUUGCAAGAACCUGUAAGUCUACGAUACUUUCGUCCCUCUCCCCUUCCAAGUAGUUUUAACAUAUAGAGUUCCCAUCACAAAAGGAAAGUACUAUGAAAUGCCACCAGGGAUUUGGAGUGUACACGCUCUCUGAGGUAUAAGCGCUCUUCACAGCUUGACAAACCAGUAAAGAAACAUAAAAGAGAAAUAGAAAAUAGAGGAAUUAGAUGAAAUGUAUGUGUAGCUGGAGCACAAGGAGGAUUGGAAAAGAAAUCUAAGUAUAAUAUGGCUGUGGGUUAUUAUAGUUGUAUGUGACUAUUUUAUUUAAUCCGAAAAAGUUUGACCGCACGUAUAAAGAGGAGCUCAGAGUGUUUGUCUGAUAAGGCUUGGACAAUGACUGUAUGCUGCUGUUAGUUUACAGAACGUAAAUAUUGAAGUGCAAAUGCAAGUUUUGAAGCCUUGAAACAAGUUGGAAUACUGGAAAAAAUCUGUCAAUGGAAAUACUGUACUAAUUGCUAUUGAAUUAAGUAACUAACUGUACCAUGUGCUUUUAAUAGCACCUUAUAGCCAUCAUGGCAACGUCAUCUGAGGAAGUGUUACUGAUCGUAAAGAAGGUGCGUCAAAAGAAACAGGAUGGAGCUCUCUACCUUAUGGCUGAAAGGAUAGCAUGGGCACCUGAAGGCAAAGACCGAUUCACAGUCAGCCAUAUGUAUGCAGAUAUAAAAUGCCAGAAAAUCAGUCCUGAAGGAAAGGCUAAAAUUCAGCUACAGCUGGUAUUGCAUGCAGGGGACACAACCAACUUCCACUUCUCUAAUGAAAGCACAGCAGUGAAGGAGAGAGAUGCAGUGAAGGACCUUCUUCAGCAGCUGUUACCCAAAUUCAAGAGGAAAGCAAAUAAAGAACUUGAGGAAAAGAACAGAAUGCUGCAAGAAGAUCCUGUUUUGUUUCAGCUUUAUAAAGACCUCGUUGUGAGCCAAGUAAUUAGUGCUGAAGAAUUCUGGGCCAACCGUUUAAGCUUGAAUGCUGUGGAUAAUUCUGUGGCACCUAGUAAGCAGGAUGUGGGCAUCUCUGCAGCUUUUCUGGCUGAUGUUCGGCCUCAAACGGAUGGUUGCAAUGGUCUGAGAUAUAACUUAACUUCAGACAUUAUUGAAUCCAUAUUCAGGACGUAUCCUGCAGUAAAAGUGAAAUAUGCAGAAAAUGUUCCACAUAAUAUGACAGAAAAAGAAUUCUGGACACGAUUUUUCCAGUCUCACUACUUCCAUCGAGAUAGGCUAAAUACAGGCUCAAAAGACCUCUUUGCAGAAUGUGCCAAAAUGGAUGAAAAAGGGUUAAAAACAAUGGUGUCUCAAGGGGUGAAAAAUCCACUGCUAGAUUUAACGGCCUUGGAGGAUAAAUCGUUAGAUGAGGGUUAUGGUGUUUCCUCUGUGCCAUCCACAUCAAACUCCUCAAAGUCCUUAAAGGAGAGUAGCAAUGCUGCCAUUAUAAAACGCUUUAAUCAUCACAGUGCCAUGGUCCUUGCAGCUGGGCUCAGAAAACAAGAAGCACAAAAUGAUCACUACAGUGAGACCAGCAGUAUGGAUGGAAACUCCAGGGAUUCAGAUUUCUUUCAGCCACCAAUAAAAAAGGUGAAGCUACAGGAGGCUAUUGAAUAUGAAGAUUUAGGAAAGAAUAAUAGCAUUAAAACUAUUGCACUAAACCUAAAGAAAUCUGAUCGGUAUUAUCAUGGUCCAACUCCAAUUCAAUCACAGCAAUAUGCAACCAGUCAGGAUAUUAUUAAUUCUUUUCAUAGUAUUAGAGAAGAAAUGGAAGCCUAUGUACCCAGACUAACUCAGGUUCUUUCCAGUGGUGCUGCUACUAGCAGCAUCACAGCCCUAUCACCUGGAGGAGCACUUAUGCAAGGUGGGACACAGCAAGCCAUAAACCAGAUGGUGCCAAAUGAUGUUCAGUCUGAACUGAAACACUUGUAUGUGGCACUUGGGGAGCUACUGCGACACUUCUGGUCCUGCUUUCCUGUUAAUACACCAUUCCUAGAAGAAAAGGUUAUGAAAAUGAAGAGUAACUUGGAAAGAUUUCAAGUUACAAAGCUCUGUCCAUUCCAAGAAAAAAUUCGGAGACAGUAUUUAAGCACAAAUUUGAUAAAUCAUAUAGAAGAGAUGUUGCAGACAGCUUACAAUAAGUUCCACACGUGGCAGUCCCGACGUAUGCUGAAGAAAACGUGAAGACUCCCGCUAUAAAGUUUGGAGAGGGAAAUCUGCAAUAGCUGUAGGAACACAACCUGGCAAAUGUGCAGCUCUUAGAUAUUGCAGGAACAUCUGCAACAUGUGGAUUCCUGGAAAUGUUCCUAACUGAACUUGCACAUUUUUUGGAAAAGGACCUGUGAUUAAACUUGAAACUAGGGAAAAAUUAAGUAAGAACCAAAACGGAAGAGCUGAGAGGCAAAAAAAACCCAACAUAUUUAAGACGCUGUUUACUGCAGUUACUCAGGAACUGCUUUUGAUUUGCGAAAGAGCUGCUUUCAGAAAUAAACUUUAAAAAGGAUGUAUUAAUAAAAUCUGAAACUGUUUGUCUAAUUUUUUUAAAACGUGUAUGGCACAGGGUAGAACUUAACAUUUUUCUUCACUGGAUUCUGGCAUUUUAUUGAAUUCUGUUUGUACUUAUUGAAACAGAGGUUAACAAUGACAUUUUAAAUAUAGCUGAGACUGGUUUUGCUUCAAACAUCUGACAAGAUUAGCUAUCAAAAGACAAGCUUCGGCCAUAUGUUUCCCCACAAACUGGAAGUAACAGACAUUGCACUGAAAGCUGUUUAUGGUUUGGAGUCCCUAAAGGCACGAGUGGGGGAGGGCACACUUUUGCCUUGUGUCUUGGAUUUUUAUGCAGAAUAUUUUCAGCCAUCAAGUUUGCAUGUUUUCCUUUGAAUGCAAGGGUUGCUAUUGCAAUUUUUUUUAAGAUGGCAUCUGUUUUGAGAAGGAGAGAAUGCAUUUUCUAAAAUAAAGUUUCUUACUAAA